AUGGAAAAGUAUCAGAAGGCUGGGGAUGACUAUUCCUAUGGCUACAACCGCACAACAACCGGUGGAUAUAGGAAUGUGCGCCACUGCACCUGCAUUACUGGUGGGACCAGAAGCUCUUUCACAGCAGGUCUCGGGCAGCAUGGAAAACAAACGUUUGCGACGCUGUCAGCAGGUUUGGUCCCUGUGUGUUUUGGAGCUGCAAUUCCUGCUGCCUGUGGAUCAAUCUACAAGAGCUUUGCUCAGUGUUUGCUCGCACUCGGGGACAGUUUGGUAGAAACUCAAAAAGACCAGAGCACACAGGACAUCGAUUCCAUCUGCAGGUCCUGGAAUGCUUUCCAUGUUUGUGCCAACUCAGCUCUAGCCGGCUGUCCUGGAGAGGCAGCAGCUGUCUGGGAGUCUCUGAGACAAGAGUCCAGGAAGACACAGUUUUCUGGAAACCUCUACGAUAUGUGUGCCAGCCGCACCACCCUCCCCCCUAGCACUGUGCCAACACCCCAGAGCCCUCCCACCUCUGACCAGAUGAACCAGGAGACGCUGAAAGGGCAGACACACAGGCCCGGCCCAGCCCCCUUCACACUGAUAUUCCCUGUAUGCAGCAUACUGUUAGUUCUGAUCAGGAGUUAG